ACCUUUGAACUUUUAGGGAAGUUUGUCCCCAUUUCAGUAUUGUGCGGUCCCCGAGCUCACUUUGUGUAGGAUGGAGUUUGGGUUCUUGGGCGGCUAUGCCAGUCAAGGAAACACGGCCCGUGCCGGUCGCUUCCUUCUGGACACCCAGCCUGACCCCUAACGCUCCCAAGCUAAUACCAAGGCUCACAGGCCUCCUGAGGGCAGUAUAGGUGCGCUGCAGCUACCUGCCUGACGCCUGCCCACUCUGCCUUGUUGCUCUGGAUGUUUUGUUUAUGCUUGAACUCUGCAUCCCUCGGGUUUGCCCCAUCCUGACAGGGCCUGUGCCCCAAAUUCCAGGACCCUUCCUGGGAGAACUGAUGGCCACACAAGGAGAGAGACUUACAUAUAGGUGGAAACAGGUGACACCUGGUCACUCUCAUACACCUUGUUUUCUGCUUCUGCCUGUCCCCAAAGCCCUUUAUUUCAAAGUCACUUGGCAGUUCCUGAGCCAAGUCUGUGAUGCCCAGGGGAGGAGACUUGACAGGGGCCGUCUGCAUCACAGAGCAGCCCUACACUUUUUCCCUUCUCCCCAGUUCAUGAUGGACGCCUCCAACCCCACCCAGCUCUCUGCAUCCUGCGUGCAGCUCCUGGGCCUCCUUUCUGCGGAACCACUUGCAGAAGCAUCAGUCCUGAUACUCUUCAAUAAAACUGACCUGCCCUGUUACAUGACCAUAGAGGAGAUGAAGUCGUUAAUCAGGCUCCCAGACAUCAUUGCUUGCGCCAAGCAAAACAUCACCAUAGCAGAAAUCAGUGCCCGGAAAGGCACUGGCCUGACAGAGGUGCUGCGCUGGCUCCAGGACACCCACAGAACCAGCACUUGACUUCUGGGUUGAGAACAUGGCUGGGCAGCUCAGUGGCAGGAGGCAGAGGAUGACACCGCUUGGCCUCCGGCGGUUUGUUCUUGUAAAGACGGGGUGACUGUUGUAAACCUGCAAGGUGGGCUCCUGUGCAGAGUUGCAGUGAUGGGUAAACUGAGGCAUGCAGCUUGCAAAAACAGCUGACCUCUGAAUGAAGAGACUGUCCCAGCGCUGGGAGAGUACGACAGGCCUGCCAGACCUCUGGUCCUCCUGAGCACCCAGGGAAGCUUGGAGGGUUAGGGUUCCCUCAGGUAGCAAGGGCCCUGAUGGAGCUCAUCGCCAGGUCCUCAGGGCCACGGUUGCUCGGUGUCCCGCAUCUGCCCCGUCCUUCCAUUUCAGCCGAUGGAGCCUGCAGAACACCUGGUGGUGGGUGGAUGUGUCCUAUGGCCCACUUAACAAGUCACCACAAACUGGCUUAAAACAACAAGUUUAUAAGCAGUUCUUUAGGCCCGAGGCCUAAAAUCAAGGUUUCAGCGGGGUUGGUUCCUUCUGGAGGCUCUGAGAGAAUCCAUUCUUUGCCUCUCUUCCAGCUUUUAGUGGCUGUGGGUAAUUCUUGGUCCCUUUGACUUGUGGCUGGUACAACUUCUUAUAAGGACACCUGUCAUUGGACUUAAGGCCCACCUAAAUCCAGGAUGAUCUCAUCCUGAGGUGUAUAAUUACAUCAGUGAAGACGCUUUCUCCAAACAAGAUCACGUUUGCAUGUUCCAAGGGUUAUGUCUUAGACAUGGUUUGGGGGCCACUAUUCAACUCACUACACUUGGUUAAGAAACCCUGAUCCUGGGUGGCCGGACGGCUCAGUUGGUGAGAGCACGAGAUCUUAACAAGGUUGCCCGUUCAAUUCCCACAUGAGAUGGUGGGCUGCGCCCCUGCAACUAAAGAUUGAAAACGGUGACUGGACUUGGAGCGGAUCGGUCCUGGAAAAACACACUGCUCCCCAAUAUUCCCCAGUUAAAAGAGAAAAAGAAACCCUGAUCAUGAGUGUGGCCGUGAGGUCUCUCUGAAUAGCUUUCUCUGUCUCUGCUGUCAAUUUAGGCCCCUGGAGCAUAUGCUGCCUCCCGUCUGGAGCAGCAGGCUCUGCAUAGUUACCAUUCGGCCACUUUGAUGGGUGGGGGAACAUUUGUUCAUGUGGGGGGUUGUAAACAAUGUCCUGGAAGAAAAUUUCUGUAUAUCCCGCAGGGGUGACGGGCUCAGAUGGUGUCACUUCUCAUGGCAUGCCUUUGGGAAGGUUUGAUCCUGGCUCUUUGUGGUGCACAGCCUGUGCCACCGCUGAGCGCCAUCUUCUCAGACAUGCCCAGUGAAUCACCUCCACUUAUGCCACUGAACAGCCCUACACAUGGGCAAUCACCCCAAAGGGCUUGUAGACAUCCCCAAUUUCAGGGGAUAUCCUCUGAGCAAAGCCUGGAGAGAAACAUGAAGCGUUAGGAUCUCUGAAGCUGUAACUCAUCAGUUCUUCAGCUGAGGGUGUAGGAGUCCCAGGAAAGGGUUUAGCACUAGGCCUGAGCCCUGGGACCUGCCCUUUGAGCCAGCAGGCAGGAAGGCCCCCUUCUUUACUGGGAGCUUCUGAAUUACGUAAACCAUAUUUUACAUAUUCCAAAACAACGCAACGGAAAAAUAAAAGCCUGAAAAACAAUCUUAACUGUCUAUCAAGUUGGAAUGAUAACCAGAGAAAACCUCUUAAGGUGACAUUUGAACACAGUUGGCCUGUCU